AUGGCCUGCACUAUGGAAACAGUGGCAAAGAUCUUUAAAGGAGUUUUAGUAGUUGAACUCUUGGGUGUUUUUGGAGCAUAUUUUUUGUUUUAUAAGAUGAACACAAGCCAAAAUUUCAGGCAAACAAUGAGCAAGAAAUUUCCCUUCAUCUUGGAAGUUUAUUACAAAUCCAUUGAACAGUCUGGAAUGUACGGAGUCAGAAAGCAAGAUCAAGAAAAAUGA